AUGCUUAAACGAUAUGAAAUCACCAAAAAUUUGACGAACUUAUUUACAUCGGUUAAAUUUUCAAAAACAUUAUCAGCAUUCAUUUUUCUCAACUUAUUUUAUUUUUUGCUUGGGAGUCCAAAUAAUACUUCCAGUGAAAUUUUAAAUUCUGAAUCUGAAGAAGAACUCUUAGCGGGAAAUUUUGAAAAUGAAGACGCAGAAUUAGAUUCUGAUGAUUCAGUUGAGAAGAACGUGGUAUUAAAUUUGUAUAGGCGAGAAGAUCCCGAUUAUCCAUAUGUUUUAGACCUUAACACUAUUAACGAUGCUCCCAUUAAUAAUAAUCUAUCCACGGAAAUUAUCAUCCAUGGAUGGUUAAAUAGUGGUGAUUCCACUUGGGUACUACGUAUGAAAGAUAAAUAUUUUCUUAAUGGAGAUCAUAACGUAAUUACAAUUGAUUGGAGCAGUUAUGCAAAAUUGGGUUACAUAUAUGCUUCAAAUAAAGUUGAAAAAUCUGGUAAAUACGUUGCAAAAGUUUUAACUCCAUUAAUUGAAAGUGGUAAAUUAGACACAGAAAAUAUUCAUAUUAUUGGUCAUUGUUUGGGAGGGCAUAUGGCUGGUUUUAUUGGUAAAUAUACACAACGGAAACUUGAAAGGAAUAUUGGACGCAUAACGGGUUUAGAUGUUGCCAGACAUUUAUAUGAGUUUCCAUGGAUGAUCAGUAAAAAGAAACGAUUAGUGAAAGAUGAUGCGUUAUUUGUGGAUAUAAUUCAUGCAUGUGGGGGCGAUUAUGGAUUUAAAUCCGCUCUUGGUCAUGCAGAUUUUUAUCCAAAUGGUGGUACGUCUAGGCAACCAGGAUGUAUAAUUUUAACGCCAUUGUCAUGUAGUCGAAUGCGUUCAGUUGCAUAUUACACGGAGUCAAUUAAUACAAAAAAUUUUCAAGCUACACCCUGUGAUUCUUGGAAAAAUUAUAAAAAAGGUAGAUGUGAUGGUGUAGAACAAAUGGUUAUGGGUUUUCAUAUUGAUGUGAAUGCAGCGUCCUCCUUACCCGGUAGUAAAUAUUAUUUACGAAAAAAUAAAAGAGAACCUUUUUCAAAAGGGUAAAUACUUUGGUAUUAAAUUUGUGUAAGAAAAAUGUGUUUUCCGGAAAAAUAAAAAUAUGAAAAAAUAAAGA